UACAGAGGAUGAAGAAGUGAGUGUCAGUCUCCACAGAUCUGUGCUCAGUGACACACAGACGUAUGGAUCCUCUGAUGCUCCUGUUUCUUCUCAUUGCUGGGCUCACAGGAAGUGUACAUGGUAUGAUGGCAGAAGUCCUUGCUAUAUGCUCAGGUGCUGACAGUGUGUCCACAGUGACCUGGGUGUCAGUACUGAGUGGAGGAUCUGUCACCAUCCCAUGUUUCUAUGAGGACAGAUAUGAAACACAUGUGAAAUACUGGUGCAGAGGGUAUAGAUUGAGGUCAUGUACUCCCAUAGUACACACUGACUCUCCACAGGAGGGUAAAGUGUCAGUCAGAGAUGAUCCUGACCAGCGAGUCUUCACUGUGACCGUCAACAAUCUGACAGCUGGGGACUCUGGCUAUUACUCAUGUGGUGUGAAGAUCUUUGGAGAUGUAGAUGUUGGAGAUCAGGUUUACCUGUCAGUCACUGAGGUUGUCUUCACAGUGAAAUGGGUGCAUGUACAGAGAGGAAGAUCUGUCACCAUCCCAUGUUUCUAUGGUGACAGAUAUAACACUCACGUAAAAUACUGGUGCAGAGGGAAUAAACGGAAUUCAUGCGCUCCCAUAGAACACACUGACUCUCCACAGGAGAUGAUCUCAAUCAGAGAAGAUCCUGACCAGCGAGUCUUCACUGUGACCAUCAACAAUCUGACUGUUGUGGACUCUGGUCAUUACUGGUGUCGUGUGGAGAUCAGUGAAGCCUCAGAUCCUGGAGAUGAGGUUUUCCUGUCAGUCACUGAAGGUUCCCCAGAGCUGUCAGUGGACAAACAGGAGGUGACGGGUGUGGAAGGAGACACUGUCAGUGUUCAAUGUCGCUAUGGAAACAGUGACAGUCUGAAGCUGUGGUGUAAGAUUUGGGGCUCCUGCUCAUCAGAGAGAUCUGUGAGUUUGGAUGGGAGGCCUGUCCUGAUCAGGGAUGACAGAGUAAACAGAGUCUUCAGUGUGACAAUGAUGGAACUGGAGAGGAAUGACACUGGCUGGUACUGGUGUGCUGCUGGAUACCACCAGAUCCCAGUUCAUAUUACUGUCAGUCAGACAACUACAACCACAACCAGCACUGAUCAAACCACAGUCCUUACUCCAGGUUCCGCUUCUGUCUCAGCUACCAUCAAGCUGCCUGCUCCUGGAUCGACCCACACAGGAGUGAAGGGACAGAGUUCUCUGGUCCAGCUGGUUUUGUAUGUAGGACUGGGCUCAUUGGUGCUGCUGUUGAUCAUCAUCAUCAUCACAUGGAAAGUGUGGGACAAACACAAGAAAAAAGUGGCCAGGAGUCAAAAUCCAGGAAGGACAGCCUCUGAGGAGCCUGGUGCUGAUGUCACCUACAGCUCCAUUGUCCUGUCAGGCCCAGAGGUGUCCUCUAGAUGUUCUUCACACCGUCCUGCUGUAACCCCAGCCAGCGAUGUGAUCUACAGCUCAGUCACCCUGAAGCACAGAGAGUAGGGGGCAGCGACACAGAGAGGCUCCUCUACAUGUGGGGAGCUGCUGCUCAGGAUGAGAGCUGUGAGGGACACGCAGAUACUCCAGUGAUGGGGAGGGAUCAUCACCAGAGAGGAGCAUCUUACAGUGAUGUGAGCUGUAUUUACAUGGCAUGCAGCACUGUCACAUUACAGUGUGACAGUAAGAAUCAGCCAGUGAGAAACACACAUUCAUGGCUGUUGUGCAUCUGAACCUUAACUGAGGUGCUAUUUGUCUCUUAUGUUGCUUUGCAGAAAUUAAAAUUUCAUUAAAAUAGAUGUAAGGCAUUAACUUGGUGGUGUGUGAAAUGUCCCUUUUCAUUCAUAUUAAUGGGAAACAAAUAUCAUUAGCAAUUCUAGUUGAUUUGUAUAAGGUAGUUUAUAGAAUAUAUAGUAUUUUGAGAAAGUGUUAGUCAGUGUCUUCUGCAUAUACAGUUUAUGUAGAGCUGAGGGGGUUACUGAGGUCUAAGAGCUUUGCUGCCCCCUGUUGGAGCCACUUCUCUGUUUGCUAUAGACAGUGGAAUUAAAAACUUCCCUGUUACCGUUAUAUCAUGUUUCAGUAUAAAAGCUUUAGGUUUUUUCCAGAGAAUGUUAGGCUCUUGUUUACUGAUAAAUGGAGUAUUAUUGAAAAAGCAGACCACAGACAGUGUGACUCGUCAUAAACAAUGUUAAUAAAAAUGCUUUUCAUUGCUCCUGCAUGCUGCAGUGGUGUCUCAGUGUGUAACACGGAUGCCUCAUACUUUCAGGGGUUUGGGUUUGAAUCCUGCCCCUGGCUGUCAGUGUGCUGUUUGUGUCCCUGAUUUGG